CGCCAAUCCAUGAAAAUGCUUUGGAAACUAACGGAUAAUAUCAAGUAUGAGGAAUGUGAGGAGCGCCACGACAGUACCAGCAACGGGACAGCCCGGCUACCCCAGUUGGGGACCGUGGGUCAGUCUCCCUACACCAGCGCCCCACCGCUCUCCCACACCCCCAACGCCGACUUCCAGCCCCCUUACUUCCCCCCCCCUUACCAGCCCAUCUACCCCCAGUCUCAGGACCCCUACUCCCACGUGAACGACCCGUACAGCCUCAACCCCCUCCAUGCCCAGCCACAGCCCCAGCACCCAGGAUGGCCGGGACAGAGGCAGAGCCAGGAGACGGGGCUGCUCCACACGCACCGGGGUUUGCCCCACCAGCUCUCGGGGCUCGACCCACGCAGGGACUACCGGCGGCACGACGACCUGCUGCACGCCCCGCACGGGCUGGGCUCGGGGCUGGCCGAUCUGCCCCUCCACUCCAUCCCCCACGCCAUCGAGGACGUGCCGCACGUAGAAGACCCCGGUAUUAACAUCCCAGAUCAAACUGUAAUUAAGAAAGGCCCCGUGUCCCUCUCCAAGUCUAACAACAACGCCGUCUCCUCCAUCCCCAUCAACAAGGACGCGCUCUUCGGCGGGGUGGUGAACCCCAACGAGGUCUUCUGCUCGGUGCCGGGCCGCCUCUCGCUGCUCAGCUCCACCUCCAAGUACAAGGUCACGGUGGCGGAAGUGCAGAGACGCCUGUCGCCGCCCGAGUGCCUCAACGCCUCCCUGCUGGGCGGAGUGCUCCGGAGGGCAAAGUCGAAAAAUGGAGGGAGAUCUCUGAGGGAGAAACUGGACAAAAUAGGACUAAACCUGCCAGCCGGGAGGCGUAAAGCUGCUAACGUUACCUUGCUCACAUCACUCGUGGAGGGAGAAGCAGUACAUCUAGCUAGAGAUUUUGGGUACGUUUGUGAGACAGAAUUUCCUGCCAAAGCAGUAGCUGAAUUUCUCAACCGACAACAUUCCGAUCCAAACGAGCAAGUCACAAGAAAAAACAUGCUUCUAGCUACAAAACAGAUCUGUAAAGAGUUCACCGACCUGCUGGCUCAGGACCGAUCUCCCCUGGGGAACUCGCGGCCCAACCCCAUUUUGGAGCCGGGCAUCCAGAGCUGCCUGACCCACUUCAACCUCAUCUCGCACGGCUUUGGGAGCCCGGCGGUGUGUGCUGCCGUCACCGCCCUGCAGAACUAUCUCACCGAGGCGCUCAAGGCCAUGGACAAAAUGUACCUCAGCAACAACCCCAACAGCCACACAGACAACAGCACCAAAAGCGGCGACAAAGAGGAGAAGCACCGAAAGUGAGGAUCCCCCCCACAUACACUCCUCUCCCUUCCCCCUCAUAGCCCAUCGAUCCAUUCAUCUCCCUCCUCCCUCUCCCCGGCACCCAGCACCCCAGGCUACAGCAACAGCAUGAGCGUCCUUCUGCCAGUCCUGUUCUCUGACUCUGCAGGACAGCUCUGCCCUCUCUCCACACCCCUUCCCGGCAUCCACAUUUCCAUUUGCUUCCGCUUAAAUUUCCCCCCUCUUCCCACUGCCACCAUCGUUUUACCCCAGUUUGGAGCCUAAGAGAACAGAACAGGGGGACGGAGCCAGCAAAGAAAAAAAGUUCUGUCUUGAGUUUGUGAACUUUUUUUUAAAUAAAACAAAAGGAGGAAAAAAACCAACAAAAAAAUAAAACAAAAAAGAAAAGGACUUUUUUUUCUAAAAAUAUAUUAAAAAA